AUGGAGGAAGAAGUCAAGAGCUUCAUCAAAGUAUGGAUUUUUGCAACAAUCUCCAUAACUUACUGUUACUACAUACCACCUAAAAUCAAAUCUGGUGUUCCUCGAUUACUCUCCCUAUGCCCUGUCCUUGCUCUGUUUCUUGUUCUUCCUCUGUUUUUCUCAUCUGUGCAUUUAUCUUUAAUCACAGCGUUUUUCCUCACAUGGCUCGCUAAUUUCAAACUCAUCCUCUUCUCCUUCGACAAAGGUCCUCUAAUCCCAAUUCCCGCAACACUUUCCCGAUUCCUCUGCUUUACUUGCUUCCCAAUCAAAGCCCAACAAAACCCUAAAUCUCAAAACCAUUUGCCCAAGUUGGUUUUCGCCAUUAAAGUUGCCAUCUUUGGUGUGCUAUUACAUUUGUACGGCUACAGACAAAACUUGUCUCCGGUUCUGCUAUUGGGUCUCUAUUUUGUGCACCUUUACUUAGAGAUUGAGAUUAUUUUAACGUUCGUCAAAGUUCUGGUUUUUAUCUCUCUUGGGUGCGACCUCGAGCCACAGUCCAAUAAACCCUACUUGGCCACAUCUCUACAAGACUUCUGGGGUCGUCGGUGGAAUCUCAUGGUUCCGGCUAUUCUCCGGCCAGCCGUUUACGCCCCGAUGCGGCGAGUCUCUGAACGCAGAAUGAGUUCCAGCUGGGCUCUGUUUCCAGGGAUUUUGGCGGCGUUUGUCGUCUCCGGUUUGGUUCACGAGUUGCUCUUCUUCUAUUUAACUCGUGAGAUGCCCACAGGGGAAGUUACUCUGUUCUUCGCGUUACAAGGCGUCUGCACUGCUGCGGAAUUGGCGGUGAAGAAGAGGACGACGGUGAUGCAGCGGUGGCAGUUUAGUCCGGCGGUGUCGCGGCUGCUCACGGUGGGGUUUGUGUUUGUUACCGGUGUUUGGUUGUUUACACCUCAGCUUCAAAGGAGCGGCGUGAUGGAGAGAUACACGUAUGAAGCUUUGUUGUUCGUCGACUACGUUAAGCAGAAGUUAUUUAUAUAUUCAUGA